AUGGAUUUAAAUCUCGCUGAAUCUGGCCAGAACAUUAGAGAGAAUGGAUGCGAUUACUAUUCGGAAAAUGCAGAGUCCUGGCAACUGUCUGGAAGAACUCUCCCGCCAAUUUUGAGCUUUUCAAACAUGCUUCGUGAAAACGAGCUUGAAAAUACCAACCAGAUAAGCUGUCAAAGCCAGAUCCAGUACCAGUACAGUAUUCCAAAUUGCGGCUACCAGCCCCACUGGAAUGGUGAGCCGUACCAUGCACCUGAUGAACAGAUGAUCGAACUUGUACCAGUGGUGGACGACGGCGUUUUGCAUCAAAUGAUUCAAAUGGAGCGCACUCAAGUCAACAAGAGCAAACGAAGCAAGGAACGAAGAACCGCUUCUAUUAACUCUGCUUACAAUAUUCUCAGAAGCCACAUUCCGAACGUCCCUGCCGAAACAAAGCUGUCCAAAAUCAAGACCUUGCGCUACGCUGCGAGUUACAUCAAGUACCUCAUGGACAUUUUAAAAAACGACGAUGCAGAGCCAGCUGAAUUCUCGCCUUCCGACUGA